GGCCGGGACGUUGAUGGAUUUAACCGUUUUUUAAUCUCGUUUCGCCCGCGAAAGGGCGUACGAUUUCGCUGCUGGUUUGGGUUUACUACACGAACAAUUUCCAGGUGUAUUUUCGUUUUUUUUUGGGGAGAAGUCAGGGGCAGUAUGCUGCUCUCUAAACUGGGUUCCUUCUCUCACAGCACGGAUCUACCGGCGAAGCUCCAGCUGCAGCAAGCCAAGGCGGAGAAGCAGCCGUUUGAGAAACUGUACCGGCUGGGUUCGGUGCUCGGCAACGGAGGAUUCGGCACCGUCUACUCGGCUGUCCGCCUGGACGACGGGCUGCCGGUGGCGGUGAAACAUGUGUGCAGGGACAGAGUCACUGAGUGGGGCACCCUGUGUGGCACUGUGGUUCCUCUGGAGAUCGUGCUGUUGAAGAAAGUGGGCGGGGCAUUUGGCGGCGUGGUGCGGCUGUUGGACUGGUGGGAGCGGGUGGACGGCUGGUUGAUGGUGAUGGAACGUCCCGAGGCGGCUCAGGACCUGUUCGAUUACAUCACAGAGCGCGGCGCGCUGGAUGAGGCGGUGGCACGUGGCUUCUUCCUGCAGGUACUGGAGGCGGUGCGUCACUGCUACACCUGCAGCGUCGUCCACCGAGACAUCAAGGACGAGAACCUGCUCGUGGACCUGAGGACCGGACAGAUCAAGCUCAUUGACUUCGGCUCAGGGGCUGUCCUCAAAGACACCGCCUACACCGACUUCGAUGGAACACGGGUGUACAGUCCUCCAGAGUGGAUCCGGUUCCGGCGGUACCACGGUCGCUCCGCCACCGUCUGGUCACUCGGCGUGCUGCUGUACGACAUGGUGUGCGGGGACAUCCCCUUUGAACAGGACGAGGAGAUCCUGAGGGGACGGAUCUACUUCAGACGCAACAUCUCCACAGAAUGCCAGCAGCUGAUUGGCUGGUGUCUGAGCCAGCAGCCGUCUGAACGGCCAACCCUGGAACAGAUCCUCCUCCACCCCUGGGUGACCAGCAGCGACGGUCAGCAGACAGACGACGGCAGCAUCAUUCUUCACAACAUUACAGCCGACUCCUCCUCCUCGUCUUCCUCCUCGAGCCAGCAGAGCCUCUGAUUGGAUGCACCUGAGGGGCUUGGCUUGGACUUGAUCGACAGGUGUCCUCUGGUGUUUGAGUUUCCUCGUGAUCGUGGGGUUGUUGCUCCAAGGAAGUUUUUUUUUGUGGUGAUGGAGUGAGUCAUGGUCACAGUUCAGGAUGCAGGUGACUCAGUGCUGGUCCACUGCGCCCCCUCCUGUUCAGACUAUGGAGCAGAACACCUGUUCUCCAUUUAGUGUUGCUGCUUGAGUGCCUUGACUUUAAAAGCUGCUGUGGGUGGAGUAACACCAUGGUCGGGGGUUGGAGUUUUCUUCAGAGGCUCAAAAGAAUCCUGAUGUUUGAAAUAUAAAACGUUGUCAAAUCAGAUGUAAAAAAAACUCACUCAGCAACUCUGUAGCUGCCAUGUGGGGUCACAUCAGUACAACAGAACAAAGGUGAACACACCUGAAAUGUUAUAAUCGUCUAUGGGGCUGCAACUACAUAUAUUUCACUAUUAAUCAACCUGUCAAUGAUUUUGUCUAGUGAUUGUUUCGUCUGUUAAAUCUCACAAUAUAGUGGAGAAAUGUUCAUCCGAUUGUUUAGAGUCAUAAUCCCAAACGUUCAGUUUACAGUGAUAGAAGCAGAAAAUUCUCAUGUUUAAACUAGCAAGGAUUUUGCUUGAAAAGCUAUUUAAUCACCUAUCAAGAUAGUUACUGAUAAUUUUCAAACAACUAAUCACUCAUUUGACUAAUUGUUUCACCCCCAGUUGUGUUUAAACUCCAUUUCCACUCAGCCAGAUCAACCGGCCCUGAGGAACAGUUGGGAAAUAUGAUUAUAUGCUUUGUUGUCGAGAGUUAGAUGAGAGGAUCAAUAUCACACUUAUUUGUGUGGAAAAUAUGCUGCUAUUGCGAGCAGCCAGUUAGCUUAGCUUAGCACAAAGACCAGAAACGGGGGAGUGGCUAGUCUGGUCCUGUCUGAACGUAACACUAGAGGUCUCGCGAUGGGAUCACACCGGCUUCAGCGCUGAUUACUCCAUCAUUACUACAUCAUAUCUUACACCUUUAAUCUGUGUAAAAACCAAAUUGUCAAAACAAUGAUUUGUAGUUUUACAACAGUCAUGUGGCUCUGAGCAGGUGCCAGAACAAGAAAUUCUUCCACUCAUAACCUCUUUAAAAUGUUGCCUUACAGUUCAGGUUUUGUAGAGGCUAAACAAACAGGCUAGCUGUUUGCCUUUGUUUCCAGUCUUUGCGCUAAGCUAAGCAGCUGCUGCUGUUAGCCUCAUACGUGUCGUACAGACUAGUGUUGCAUCAGUCUUCUCUUGCAAGAAAGCAAAUAAACAAAUUUCCCAAACUCUAAAACUCAUACGUUUCAAGAACGUUUUCCGUCCAACCCCAAAAUACACCCCUCCCAUCUUGUAAUAUGAGCGCUGAGGCAGCGAAGCAUCCUCACCUGCUGAUGUGGAAUACUUGAAUACAUAUUUAUCACUUCAUAACACACACACACACACACUACUCUGGAGGGCUGGGACUGGUUCUGGGUAGUUCUGAUACCAAAACAUGACUUUUUGAUCCUUUUUUAAAAAAUGUAUUUAUUUUUUAAUUUCCUUCAUGUAACAAACAUCUCUUCAUCCUUCAGCGUUUACCUUUGUCUGAGAAGUCUUCCUGACUGAAGUUCAGGCUACAUGUCUGAUUUAAAGAAGUGAAUCUGAUCCAGUUUUCACUGUGGACUUUAACCACUGACGCCUCUGACGUCCUGCUGAGCUUGAAGUUAGCUUCAAGCUCGGAUAGGAGGCAGAAUUUCAUUUCAACAGUUGUUUACUUGAUGGGUUUUCUCAGUUUCUUCCUUCAAGCAGGGCUCGGUGUUUUUGGAUGGUUGUGUCAAUACCAGAAUUUCAAUGUGGAUUCCUCAAAAACACUUGUUUUUUUUUUUUUUUAGUUCUCACAAUGUACUGAGAUUCCACGGCUAGUACAGUCGAAUCAAGUUUUUUUUUCUG